ACAAUCCCUGCCUUCCCCCCUCCCCGCCACACCUCUUGUGUCUGGAUUGGGGCACCUCCUCCCGCAUUUCCUCAGGAAGAAACCCAAGGCUGCCUGGAGGAAGAGGCCGCAUUGUGGGAGGGACAGGACGGGACGGACGGGACAGACGGACGCUGGUGCGGUAGCUGCGCUGGUGGGGAGCUGCUGGGACCUCACAUCCCACCAGGAUGGGGAGCACCUGGCCCAUCCUCUGCCUCCAGCUGUGGCUGUGGUUGCAGAGCUCUGCCCAGGAGCUGGACCCCGAUGGCAGGAAUGUCUGCAGGCUCCCUGCUGGCCCUGCAUGCUGCCCCGGCUGGAAGCAGGAAGGGCAGGAAUGCACAGCUGCGCUCUGUGAGGGUGAGGAUGCCUGUGGGGUUGACGAGGUGUGCGUGAGACCCGGGGUUUGCCUCUGUAAACCUGGCUUUUUCGGAGCAGACUGCAGUUCCCCCUGCCCCGAGCAGUACUGGGGUCCUGACUGCAAGCGGCAGUGCCCGUGCUACCCCAACGGGCGCUGCGACCCAGCCAGCGGGCACUGCACCUGCAACCCUGACCACUGGGGACAGCUCUGCCAGUUUCCCUGCCAAUGUGGCCCCCACGGCCACUGCGACCCCCUCACGGGUGCCUGCCGCUGCGAGCCGGGCUGGUGGGCACCCACCUGCAAGAAGCAAUGUCAGUGCAACCUUGCCACCUCCCACUGCGAUCCCCUCACCGGCCACUGCCGUUGCCAGCCGGGUUGGUGGGGCAGGAGGUGCAGCUUCAAAUGCUCCUGCAACUUCUCGCCCUGCGCCCAGGAGACGGGGAAGUGCGAAUGCAAAGCUGGGUUUUGGGGGCCGGCAUGCCAGCGGCGCUGUGACUGCGGGCACGGCUCCUGCAGCCCCCUGAGCGGGCACUGCGCCUGCAGCCCCGGCUACCAGGGCAGGAGCUGCAGGGAGCCCUGUCCGGCAGGAAAAUAUGGGUCUCAGUGUGUGCACAGCUGUGGGAGCUGCAGGCAUAAUCAGCCCUGCUCGCCCGUGGAUGGCUUCUGCCUGGCCUGCCAGCCCGGCUGGAACGGGACCCUCUGCAAGGAGCCCUGUGCACCCGGCUUCCACGGCGAGGAUUGCCUCCAGCCCUGUCCCGGCUGCCGGCUUGGGGACAUCUGUGACCCAGAAACCGGGUCCUGCCCACGCUGCGAGCCUGGCUGGAUGGGACCCAGCUGCAACAGCUCCUGCCCUGCAGGCACAUUUGGGGAUGGGUGCCAGCUCCUGUGCCCCGAAUGCGUUGCAGGGAGCUGUGACCCCGUGUCAGGAGUGUGUGUCUGCCAGGCUGGCUACUGGGGAGCCAGCUGCAACGACACCUGCCCCAAGGGGUAUUUUGGAGCGAACUGUUCCUCACCCUGCCAGUGCUCCCGGGGGACCUGCCACCCUGCUCGAGGGGACUGCGUGUUGAGUUUAAAGGACCAUGGGAUCCUUGCAGCCGCCAUCCUUGUCCCUCUCCUGCUGCUGCUGCUCUGUGUUGCCUGCUGCUGCUGUGGAGCUGGCCCAGCAGAUGUUAGAGACAGGGCGGCUGUGCCUGAUGAUGAUGUGCUGGCCAGGAUGAAGCACCAUGUGCAGGGGGUGCUGGCAAACAUCAGUGCUAUGAUGCCUUGCUUUUCUCUGGGUGGCUACAAACUUCCCAAAGUCACAGUUUCCCACCACGACACGGAUAUCCCCUUCAACCCCAGCUUCAUUGAGGCACCAUCAUCUGCCUGGGUCUCAGACAGCUCCUUCUCCUCCUUUGACACUGACAACGAGGGACCCGAGUACUCCAUCCCUCCCAGAGAAGGCGUCCCACUGCUGGGGGAGGCUGAGCUGCAGGACGGGGCAUCCCCCCUAGGUGAGGCACUCCCAGACCCAUCUGCCUUUGACUCUGAGGAUGUCUCACAGCCCUUCGACAUCCCCCGCACCUCCAGCAUCGCCAAGGCCAAGCGUCCCUCUGUGUCCUUUGCCGAGGGGACGAAAUUUGGGGCGGUGGAGACCCCUAGCCCCAGUCGGAAGCCCAAGAGCCUAUGGGGCUCAUCCAAGCUGUCCCUGCCACCAGAGGACACAGUGGCUGAGCCCCCUGCUGAACGACCAGCCAGUGAUUGCUAUGAGAACCCCGAGCCCCUCACUAAGGGGGAGGAAGGCCACCGGCCAUCACCUCGGGCCACCCCGGGCGGACGCCGGCGGGUGGUCUCCAGCACCAGGCAUGUGGCCCAAAGAGUGGAGGCUCUUGAAGCAGCUGCAAAAUCCAGCAGCUGGGAGGCAAAGAGGAAGGAGCCCAAUGUCACCACUAUCUACAUGAUGGUGGGAACGGCAGGGCAGGACCCCAAGGCCGAUGGAGGUGGUGAGGGACCAGUCCAGGCUGUGCUCAAGAGGCUGGGCAGUUUGCAGAAAGGCAAGUGGGCUGCAAAGGAGGAGCCCAAGGUGAGGAGGAGCAUUGAGGGCAUCCAGAAACCACCUCGCCGGGCUCUGGCACAACGCAGGGACUCAGCAAAUAGCUGCAAGCAGAGGGAGAGCAUCCCAGGGGCUCCCACUGAGCCAUCCUCUGGCAAGCACCAGCAUGUCCCUGGGAAGAGACAGUCCUUCCUUCUCUCAUCUCCUUCCCCAAAAAGCACCAGGUCUGAGGAAGGGACCAACAAUGCUGCAGGUGAAAAAAGCUCUGGGUUAGUUCUCAGCCUUGAACCCAAGGGACAGGCUGGCCUGGAGGAAGAGCCAAAAUAUGAGAAUGUGACCGGUGGCAGUGCUGAUUCAUCCCCUGGCCCUGCCAAGGAGCCACCAACCACCCCUGCAGCCACCUGAGCCACCACUGCUGCAGUUGGGGCAGUGGGAGACCAGGAGGCCCCUCCACCCCUAGCAUGGGGGAAGCUGAGGUCCCCUUCCCAGCUGUGAACUGGAGACGCACUGAGCCUUCCUGUUGGCCCCCUUUCCUCCGUGCCGUCCUGCUGGACUGGACCUUCAUUGGGUUGGGUGAUGCUGAGAGCCUCAGGGGUGACAGCCCCAUGGGGUUGUUGUGCUUCAGGGCUGUUUUCUGCUGGGAAACAUGCAAGCAAAAAUCAGUUUCACCCCAUGGGCUUCACCUUUCCCUGUCCCAGCUCUGGUAAUGCUGCUGGGAGCCUCUUGAUGUAAAGGUGCUUCUUGCUCAAAGGGAUUAUUUUGCAGAGCUGGGCUGGGGGUGGAUCGUGGUCUGUCACAAGCAGCUUCAGCAGAAUUUCAUUUUAGUUGUUUCUCUCGCAGGGUAUCUGGGACUGCAGGGGUUUGUCUGUGUGACUGUGGUUGUCUUUGUAGCACUUGAAAAGGCAUUUAUAGACAGCAUUUUAAACUCCACACAAUGCCAAGCCAGAAUUGUGCAAGAGCAAACACGACAACUGGGCUGUGACCAUUAACCUGUGAACCCAGCCCUGACAAGGACCAAUGCUGCACAGAAAAUGCAGGUGCCCAGAGCUCCUGCUAUCUCCCACACUUAUUCCUGCUGCAGCAACACAUCACCAUGGGUGGCUGAGAUGCAAUGAAGGUGCUGAAGCAUCUCCAGCACAACCAGAGGAGCUUUGGUGCCACAGGUGAGAUGGGCAUAAAACCUUUGCUGCCCGUGCAAGGUGGUUGAGAUGACAGAGGAUUCGUGGCAUGAACUGUUUCUUCAGAUAUAUCUAAGUGGUAGAAGUUUCUUGCAUAUUUUUUUUCUUCUUUUGCAUGGCAUGAAAGCCUCUGCAUGAAAAUUAAAUGUUACCAAAGCCCUUCAGGAGCUGUUAUUCCCCAGCUGCCCUCCAGAAUCAAAGAAAUGACCAGAAAAAUUCUCCAAAGGGUGGACAUUGUUGUCAGCCUCUGGCUUUUGGGGUUUUGGUUAGUGGUUUUUUUUUUCAUUUUCUGAUUCUGCUGAAGUAAUUCUGAACUCUUACUGCUGGAGCUGAGCCCAGUGCAGAGCUGGAGACCAGAGGGCAGAUGGAAUGCAAGUGGGCUGUAAGCAUCUGGAGCAAGUAUGUUGCAGGCUGCAUCUCACAUGUCAUGUGCAGUGCUCUGUGUGAAUCUUCGUCUGGUUGGCACUGCUGAGUUAAGUUUUGGGUUUGGGAUGUUCUGUAAAACAUGCUUUUUCCCUUUUUGCUUUUCACUGCUGCUUUUCAGCAGUGCAAGGCACCAAAUCUCUAAAGUCUCACGUGGAGAAGACUCCCAGUUUUGCAGAGCCUGCAGCACUCUUUCUUGCAGUGGUAUCACCCACUGCCAUGAUUAGACCAUCAAAUAUUUUGGUAUAAAAAUAAAAAUGC